ACCAUCUUAGCACAGACAGUAAAAUACCCUAAAAAAGCAACGAACUCGGAGCACUUAUCUGUCUCCCGCCAUAUAGUUAGUGCGCUCUUGACUAACCGGCAGUGUAGUUCGAUCGAGUUUACCCACAGUUUGCAACGCGAUUCGCAAGUGUUGAACGCAACAGCCCCGCGAUGUCGGAACUAACCACGUUCAUCUAUGGAGUCCUGAUCUUCCUGAUUUUCGUUCCGGUUUUCCAAUGGUGGAUUAAGCGGGCUCGGUUCGCCCGGAAAAUCGACAAAAUUCCCGGACCCAAGGCGUACCCAUUCAUCGGAACAACGUAUGCUUUCUUCGGAAAGAAACACCACGAACUGUUCUAUGUGAUAGACGAACGUACACGCAAGUACCCGGAGAUCCACCGCAUCUGGACCGGACUGCGGCCGGAGGUGCGAAUCAGCAAACCGGAAUAUGUCGAAGCGGUAAUCGGAGCCAGCAAGCACAUGGAAAAGUCCCGCGGCUAUGACUUCCUGUUCGAGUGGCUUGGCGAGGGAUUGCUGACGUCCAAAGGUGAGCGCUGGUUUAAGCACCGCAAGCUCAUAACGCCGACGUUCCACUUCAACAUUCUGGAUGGCUUCUGCGAUGUGUUUUCCGAGCAGGGCGCCAUUAUGGCCCAACGGUUGGACCCGUACGCCGACACCGGAAAAGCGGUUGAUAUCUUCCCGUUUGUGACGAAGGCUGCCCUGGACAUCAUUUGCGAAACUGCCAUGGGGGUAAAAGUCAACGCGCAAAAGGAAGGUGAAAACGCAUAUGUAGAAGCGAUUUAUGAAAUGAGUGAACUGUUUGUGGAACGUACCGUCAAACCGUGGUUGCAAUCCGAUUUUGUCUUCAAACUUACCGAUUACGGCCGUCGGCACAAGAAAGCUCUGGAAAUCGUUCAUGGAUACACCAAAAAGGUCAUUCGCGAUCGAAAGGAAGCGCUUCUGAAGAAGGAUGUUCGAAAUGGAAAAUCGGCCGCAAAUGGAAAUGCCGGAGAUGAUUCGUUCUACGGUUCGAAAAAGCGCCUAGCGUUCCUGGAUCUACUGAUUGAGGGCAAGCAGCUUACCGAUGACGACAUUCGUGAAGAGGUUGAUACGUUUAUGUUCGAGGGACACGACACAACAACGGCUGGCAUGAGCUGGGCUCUUUUCCUUCUCGCACUGGACCAGGGCAUACAAGAGCAAGUGUAUCAGGAAAUUGAUUCGAUUUUCGCCGGCUCCGACCGCCCGGCCACGAUGAAGGAUUUCGGCGAGAUGAAACUACUGGAACGGUGCCUAAAGGAAACGCUCCGACUCUAUCCAUCCGUGUCGUUCUUCGGACGGAAGAUAAGCGAGGACAUCACCCUCGGCAAGUACCACAUCCCGGCCGGGACGCUGAUGGGCAUCCAUGCGUACCACGUACAUCGCGACGAAAGGUUCUUCCCCGAUCCAGAGAAAUUUGACCCGGAUCGUUUUCUGCCGAAAAACUCCGAGAAUCGACACCCGUUUGCAUACAUUCCGUUCAGCGCUGGACCACGAAACUGUAUCGGUCAGAAGUUUGCAAUUCUGGAGGAAAAAGCCAUCGUGUCGUCCGUUUUACGAAAGUUCCGAGUACGUGCGUCAAACACAAGAGAAGACCAAAAAAUUUGCCAAGAAUUGAUCACCCGCCCGAAUGAAGGCAUUAAGUUGUACCUGGAGAGGCGACACUGAGGGCUUUCUCAUUGUUAGUGCUCGUCAAUUACGUAAUGCUGGUAAAGCUAAUGGGACCAUUUGGUGACCAAUAUUAGUUAAGAGAGGGAAAUCUGAACAUACAGCUUUAAUAUUUAAUAAGGAAAUAUUCAAAAUUGAAAUUCAAUCAAACGAGAAACACGGGGGGCUUUGUGCAUCUUAUUCUUAUGGACAGGGCUAUACAAACUAUCAUACUAACAUGGUGCCGAUUUAUGAUGUGCAAUUUGUUCCCAAAUUUAUGACUCGCUGUGUUAUUUAGUUCUACAAUUGUUAAAACAGAGGCUGUAAUAAAUUAGGUCCCAUUAGUAGUUAAAAUUACAAAACAUGUAUUUAUAAAUUGAAACAUUACACGUUACGUAUUUCAUUAUUUUAUUUUAUUUUUUCUUUGAGUAGCAAUGACAACAAAUCAUGAACGACUUUUCAAAGCGACUUAUGUGAUUUUGUAGAACAAACGUCAAUCGAACCUGAUAGUACACUAACUCACCCCAACAGAGGAAACAUGCCUUCCGCUACCUAGUUUACGUGGGUGGGUUAUCAUAUUUGACAACUCUAAAGUUGUCUCUUGGUUCCCAAAAACACAUAAAUCGUAUUGAAUUUUUACACUUGAAAUGAUUUAAAUGAAAACAUUUUAUAAAUAUAAGAGGUCUCGAUACAAUCUAGUUUAAUCUUCCAGUUCGGGGAUUUUGCAUUACGUCUUUGAUGAACGUCUUUUUAAGAAAUAAAAUCAAAACAUAGUUUAUAAGAUUUUUAUGUGGGAAUAAAAUAAACAUUUCAUAUGAAAC